AUGAUUGAAACCCAACCUCAGAUUCUGACUCAUGAAAUAACCCAAGAAAUUCCUCGAAAGAGAGCUCUUCUUAUUGGAAUCAACAAAUUAUCCGAUGACAAGGGCAGGCAACAAGGAGACAUAGCUGCAGCGCCCUUGGUUGGAUCACACGUCGAUGUCGAGCACAUGAGAGAACUGCUCACCAAUAACUACGGGUACAAGGCCGACAAUAUCGUGACUCUCAUGGACAAUGAAGGACCUACUGAACUUUUACCAACGCGCGAUAACAUUCUUCGACAUAUUCAGCAACUCGUUCUUGAUCCCAAGGAUGGGGAAUAUUUCUUCUUCCAUUACUCAGGACAUGGAACACAGGUAGAGAACCUGGAUGGGACCGAGGAAGAUGGUAUGGAUGAAUGCUUGAUAGCUAUGGACGGCAAGAUUAUCAAAGAUGAUGCAAGUGUUCCGGAAACUUCUUCCAGCGACCUGUCAUAUGACGGUGUGUCUCCACCUAUGGUUCAAUUUCUUUGUCCCUUAUACAUCACCAAGGCCGUCCUGGAUACAUGUCACUCUGCGUCUCUAUUGGAUCUAGAGCAUUUCCGCUGCAACCGGGACUUUAGAGGGCCGUAUCUCCAUCUUCGCCAGAGAACUUCUUAUCCACGGCCUCUCUGGGACAUACUUCGCUGGCAUACCGUGGACACUGUGUCGUGCAGAACCGUAUAUCAGUUGACAAACAAGAAGGGCAUUACCUCUCGCAAGACGUCUAUUCAGCGUCUGAUCAACGAGUCCUUUAAUGAUUCCCCCAGAAUGCUAGCAAAAUCACUUUCCAUAGACUCUACACAGGCGGACGCACCUUCAUGCCUUGAAGCGACCGAGCAAUGUGAAUCCCCCGUACAAGUGUCCAACCUCGGCUCUCCCGUGCGGAUGUGCUGCAAUGGCUUUUGUCCUCUUCCUGUGAAGCGGAGGAAGGUAGCGAACGUUGUGUGUAUAUCAUCAUGCAAGGAUCAUCAGCAGACAUGGGAAGUUCCUGGUGGAAUGUCCUUGACUCAAGCUUUGAUAAAGAAGUGCAGCAAUGAGUCCUAUCCUUUACUUGCUAGUCUGAUGUUGCAUGUCAAGUAUGAAAUCUUCAAGAACUUUUGCAAAGUUUUCGAAGAGGUGCAGAUUUACUCCGAGAAGUUGCGACUGUGGCAGGAAGAACGCAUCAAGAUGGGGCUAUCUAUCCAGCGUCGCAACGAUAAGUUUUCAGAUAUGAACUUUCGCCAGGACCCGCAGCUGUCCAGUCCCGAGCCUCUUGAUAUGAAGACUGUUCGAUGGAAUCCAUAG